AUGGGUCGGUUUUGGCUAUUAAUUUUCACAAUUCUCUGUUUUUUAGUUGCAAAUUCGGUGCAAAUUGAUGAUACUAAAACUUUUAUUGUCAAGAUCCAAAAUCACUUGAAACCAUCUGUUUUCACUGAUGUAGAACACUGGUAUAGUGCAACUCUUGGGAAUUUAAAUUCAAGAAAGUCGAAUUUAGAAAAAGUAAAGAGUCUACAAGGUGAUGAAAAGUCGAAUCAAGAGUUCCUUCAUGUUUAUAAAACCGUUUUCCAUGGUUUUUCAGCCAGAUUGACUCCUCAAGAAGCUCAAGAACUUGAAGCACAACCAGGUGUCGUGGCUGUUUUACCUGAUGAAAUUCGUCGGCUUCAUACAACUCGGUCAGUUGAGUUUUUGGGGUUGGUUGAUAACGAAAGUAAUCAAAUCUUGAAAGAGUCUGACUAUGGGUCUAAUGUCAUUAUUGGCAUUUUGGACACUGGCAUCGCCCCUGAAUCACCAAGCUUCCAUGAUCAAGAUCUUGGUCCAAUCCCUUCGGAUUGGAAAGGAGAGUGCAUGGAAGGUGAAAAGUUUACAAAAGAUCUCUGCAACAAGAAAUUAAUUGGGGCGAGGUAUUUUACUGCCGGGUAUGAAGCAAGUAUUGACAUAACUAAUAAUGGCUCGAAUCUUGUUAAAUCUGCAAGAGACACUGAUGGCCAUGGCACCCACACAGCUUCGACUGCAGCUGGAAGAACCGUUCCCAAUGCAUCAUUGUUCGGGUUUGCUAAAGGAACCGCUGCUGGGGUGGCACCAAAAGCUAGACUUGCGAUGUAUAAGAUAUGUUGGGGAGAAGAAUGUAGGGAGUCUGACAUACUAGCUGGAAUAGAUAAAGCGGUUGAAGAUGGUGUCCAUGUCAUCUCGAUUUCGGUUGGUGGCACUACCACUAGGCCUUAUAACCUAGAUCCUAUAGCCAUAGGAUCUUUCGGUGCAAUGAGUAAAGGUGUGUUUGUUUCGGCUUCAGCAGGUAAUGGGGGUCCUGAUAUGAUGUCAGUGACAAAUGGAGCUCCAUGGAUCACAACAGUUGGUGCAAGCACAAUCGACAGGAGGUUUCCUGCGGAUUUAAUAUUAGAAGAUGGGACGGUAAUAACCGGGGCAUCGGUUGCAAGCGGAGAGUGGAAAACUAAUCCAGCAACCAAAUCCUUUCCUCUCAUUCAUGGAAGGAAUGCAUCACAAGGUCAGAUCACGAAUUCUAAAUCUGCCACUUGCAUGCCUGAAUCACUCGAUAAUGAACUAGUAAAAGGGAAGAUUGUGAUUUGUGACCGAGGUGGUAAUGCAAGAGUCAAGAAAGGUGAAGUGGUCAAGAACGCUGGUGGCAUAGGUGUAAUAGUAUCCAACGUGGCACCACAAGGCGAAGGACUUGUAUCGGACUCAUAUACCAUUCCUGGCAUGUUGAUAACGGAAUCAGCAGGUAAAAAACUUAAUAGUUAUUUGAAUUCUUCAAAAAAUCCUGUGGCUAAAUUGAUUAUCCGUGGAACUCAAACCGGGGUGAAGCCUGCACCAGUGGUUGCAUCUUUCUCAUCAAGGGGACCGAGUGCUGACUCGUUUUAUGUACUCAAGCCUGACAUAAUAGCACCAGGUGUGGACAUCUUAGCCGCAUGGCCUGACGAUGUGCCACCUAGUGAAACAUCAUCUGACUCUCGACGGACAAGAUUUAAUAUAUUAUCUGGCACUUCCAUGUCAUGCCCUCAUGUGUCUGGUUUUGCUGCCUUACUGAAAGGGGCUCACCCGGAUUGGUCUCCAGCCAUGAUUAGAUCAGCAAUGAUGACCACGGCCUAUAUGACAGACACAGAAGGGAAGCCGUUACUAGAUGACCAGACAUACAAUGAAUCCACCGUGUGGAGCACAGGUGCAGGUCAUGUAGACCCUGCGAAAGCCGUUGAUCCAGGAUUAGUAUAUGAUAUCACAGUGGACGAUUACCUGCACUUUCUAUGUGCAAUGAACUACUCAACCCAAGCAUUCAAACGGUUUUCCCCCAAACCAUUCAAGUGUAAUAAGAAGCAUAAUAAGCCAUGGAACAUUAAUUAUCCCUCGAUAUCAAUAGCAUAUGGUGAACCAAGAGGAUUAUCAGAGUCAGAGGUAGCAAUCACAAGAACUGUGACUCAUGUUGAUGAUGGUACAUCAACCUACAAGGCAAUCGUAACAAGCCCGAAAGGAGUCAAUAUAACCAUCGAGCCAGAAACAAUGCGUUUUACUGCAAUUGGAGAAAAACAAAGCUAUACGGUUAAAAUAGCAUCAGAUAAGAUAAAAAAUGGCUCAUGGGGAAGUAUGGAGACACGGUUGGGUAAAUUGACUUGGACUGAUGGGAAGCAUAAUGUGGUUUCGCCAAUCGUUGUUACGUGGCAACAUUUGCUCUAGUAUGUAUUGCACUUCAAACUUGCUUAUGUACGUACCUCAAUGUCUCCAAGUGCAAUAAUGUUACUAAGAUAUAUAAUCAUAAAGAAUGUUUUAGAUUCUAAUUUGUGGUCUCAUGAGUUUUACAUUCUUGAUACUGAUAAUAUUAUUAUUAAUCUAUUAUUGUAUACAUAUAAAC